AUGCUUGUCAACCUAGGUGCUUUGGCUGGCUUGAUUGCCGUCGGCCACGCCGCGGCCAGCGGGAAACGCGCCACCGAGGCUGCAGCAUACAGCUCCAACUCGGCGGGCAACUACAAACUCAGCUCCAUCACUGCCCCCGUGCAAGGCAACGGCAGUCCCGGAUCUGCGUCUACCUGGAAGCUCACCGUCGACGACACUGCGUCCGGCCACCGGCAGACCAUCAAUGGCUUCGGGGCGGCCGUCACCGACGCGACCGUGACAUCCUUCAACACCCUGAACCAAGCCACGCUCCAACAGCUGCUGAACGAGCUGAUGACCACCGACGGCGCGAACUUCUCUCUGAUGCGACACACCAUCGGCGCCUCCGACCUCUCCGGCGACCCAGCCUACACCUACGACGACAACAACAACGCCGCCGACCCGUCGCUGACCGGCUUCAACCUGGGCGAUCGGGGCACCGCCAUGGCCAAGCUCCUCGCCACAAUGAAGACGCUGCAGUCCAGCCUCACGAUCCUGGGCUCCUCCUGGAGCCCGCCGGGGUGGAUGAAACUCAAUGGCGUCAUCGACGGCAGCACGACCAACAACAACCUGAACGACGGGUACCUGACCAGUGGCGGCACAGGCAGCACGGGCUACGCCGCCGCCUUUGCCCAGUACUUCGUGAGAUACAUCCAAGCGUACACCAACCUGGGAGCCCCGAUCGACGCGAUCACCAUCCAGAACGAGCCUCUGAACAGCCAAGCAGGCUACCCGACCAUGUACGUGUAUGCAUACGAGUCCGCAGACCUCAUCGAGAAAUACGUCGGCCCCGCCCUGGCGCAAGCGGGCCUCGACACCAAGGUCUGGGCCUACGACCACAAUACCGACGUCCCAAGCUACCCGCAAACCAUUCUCUCCAGCGGCGCGAGCACCUACGUCCCCGCCGUCGCGUGGCACUGCUACGCCAGCAACGUCGACUGGACCGUCCUCUCGAGCUUCCACAGCACCAACCCAAACACCGAACAGUACAUGACGGAAUGCUGGACGCCCGCGUCCGGGGCGUGGCACCAAGCCGCGGAUUUCACGAUGGGCCCGCUGCAGAACUACGCCGCGGGCGUCAUGGCCUGGACGCUGGGCACCGACUCCGACGACGGGCCGCACCUCUCCUCGGGCGGGUGCGCCACCUGCCACGGGCUCGUCACGGUGAACAGCGCCACGAGCUACACGCUGAACACGGCGUAUUACAUGAUGGCGCAGUUCAGCAAGUUCAUGCCCCCCGGGGCGGUCGUGGUGAGCGGGACGGGCAGUUACACGUAUGACAACGGGGGCGGGGUGCAGUCGGUGGCCUCGGUGAACCCGGAUGGCUCGCGCACGGUGGUGAUCCAGAAUACCUUUGGGAAUGAUGUGUAUGUGACGGUGACGUUGGGGUCGGGCGGGGUGUGGAGUGGGAAUGUGCCGGAGGAGUCGGUGACGACCUGGGUUUUGCCUGGUUGA